AAAAACUUAUUUGGAAUUUGAAAUAAACAAUAAAUAUAGAAGUAUGACAAAAUGCAUGAGCCUCAUCUCGAUGUAGGUUAGAAAAAUAUUUGGAAUAUAUAAUUAUGAAACAAGAUGUUUUAAUUUAUUGAAAUAAAAAAUAGAACACGAUAAAAAUGUUAAUAUUUAUUUAUUAAGGACUUUCUUUGGAAUUAAAUAUUGAAUAUAAAUAAAAAAGAGAAAAAGUUAACGUGGACGAUUGUACCUAACAAACCGGACUCCCAGAACGUCGUAACUCGUACGACAUCGUACCCUUCUCCGGCAAUACAGAUCCCGUAGUUAUAUAAUUCUUUCUAUAUGUAACGAGGUGACACAAAAAGCUGGAGGUUUGGAUUUGUCGAAAAGGGAUUCUUGGUAGGUACUUAUGGCUUACACAAAUGGAAUUGUGAGUGCACAAUGUAAGCAGCCUCUUCUUUCAUUUGGCGUGAUAUCGGAUGUCCAAUAUGCUGAUAUUCCUGAUGGCCGCUCAUUCCUUGGUGUUCCUCGGUAUUACCGACAUAGUAUUCUUGUUUUGCAAAGGGCAGUCCAGAAAUGGAAUGAGCAAAAGCCAAAGUUUGUGAUCAAUUUUGGGGACAUUAUUGACGGCUUCUGUCCAAAAGACCAAUCUCUAUCUGCUAUUAAAAAGGUCAUCGAUGAAUUUAAUGUUUUCAAUGGCCCUGUAUAUCACAUGAUUGGCAACCACUGCCUCUAUAAUCUCCCUCGUGAAAAGUUGCUUCAAAUGCUGAAUAUUCCUAGCAUUGAUGGUCUUGCCUACUACGAUUUUUCUCCAAUUCCAGAAUACCGAAUUGUAGUCCUCGAUGGCUAUGAUAUAAGCGCUAUUGGUUGGCCAAAGGAUCACGAAAAGACAUUGAAGGCCUUGAAUUUUCUUCGGGAAAGGAAUCCAAAUUCAGACAAAAACAGUCCAAAUGGAUUAGUGGGGCUUGAGAGAAGAUUCCUUAUGUUUAAUGGAGCAGUUGGGAAAGAACAAUUGGAAUGGUUGGAUCACGUCCUUCAGGAUGCAACAAAUUCUAACCAGAAAGUUGUGGUAUGUUGCCAUCUGCCGUUAGAUCCCGGUGCAGCAACUAAAGAAGCUCUCUUGUGGAAUUAUGAUGAAGUGAUGUAUGUGAUUCACCGAUACAAUUGCGUAAAGGCCUGUCUAGCUGGACAUGACCACAAAGGUGGACAUUCAGUUGACUCCCAUGGUAUACAUCAUCGGGUACUUGAAGCUGCCUUGGAGUGCCCUCCAGGAACCGAUGCGUUUGGAUUGGUUAAUCUUUUUGAUGACAGAUUACAACUAGCUGGAGCGGAUAGAAUGGAGAGCCAGGAAAUGGUUUUCAGUUGCUAGAUGUACCAAAGAGUGUAAGCUUGUAAUCUGCUACUUUCUUUAUUCAACAUGACCAUCAUUAGCUUUAGAGGUGUGUACUUUUAUUCAGAAAGAUACACAAAGAUUAGAAAUUCUUAUUUACUAAGCCCAAUUCGGUUGCGAGGAACUUUUUGAAAUGUUGUACCUGUCUUCACUUUUAUUUUGCACUCAUGCUCGAAUUUGUUAACGCAUUAUAUCAUCUCGUAUU